GUGAAGUCGAAGCUUGCUCUCAUCCAAAAUUUCGAGUCGAGAGACUUAUCGAUACUACUAGCGCUCGUCUAGUGCCAGGUCCCCUGCAGGAGCGCACCUAUCAUAGAUAAGAUAAGCCGAAGAGCGAAGUGGAGUCGCCGCCGCCGCCAUCCGACCCGACGGCGCAUCGAAAAUUGAAGCUACCGUACUCUACCCUGCUUCUCCUCCAGCUUAAGCGACAAACCCUCUCGAAAAUCGUCGCAGGCGACACAAAAGGCCGAAAGAAGGAACAUGGUUUCAUUGCUCGCGAUCGGUGGUGGUGCAGCCGUCGCUGCAUUCCUCGGCCGCGCAGGCCUCGUGGCAUGGCGGCGCUCGCGCGGUGGCGUCGGCGCAAUGGGCAAAGCCUUCUACAAAGGCGGAUUUGAGCAGCGAAUGACGAAGAAAGAGGCCUCGUUGAUAUUAGCCCUCAACGAGAGUUCCAUCACCAAGGACAAGGUCCGCAAGGCUCACAGGAACCUGAUGCUGCUGAACCACCCGGAUCGAGGUGGAAGUCCCUACCUUGCGACCAAGGUCAACGAAGCUAAAGAAUUCCUCGAGAAGAAUGCCAACUAGUUCAGGAAAGAUUAUUUGGAGAACUUGCUUCUUUUCGUCAUCACUAAAAGCGCACUGGCCAAUCAAUGAGACGGGUUGCCGAACAUGAGCGACUUAUAUCAACAUCUGUAUAGUAUUGGAGCAUUUCACGGAGCGAUGGCGUUUCGAAAGGGUCAUCAAUAAGUUUGUGCGAUGAAUAUCGCUGGGGCGUCAUAUUCUUGCUUUACUGUAUAAACUUCACUUCUGGUCUGCAAAUACAUUCAACUCUUCGCAAGGAC